AUGUCGUAUGAAUACAGGAUCUACAGAUGGGACGCACAGUUUGGAAUUAAUGGGUACGAGGCCGUCCACGUUGGGCGAUUGGAGGGAGUGGGCUUCUUAGCCUGCGGCGAGAUAUGCAUCACUGACGACCUUUAUAUCCCGGGAGCAAAUGUGCGCUAUGCGAUGUUUUUCGACACAAACUUUGAGGUCCGACUAGUAGCCGUCACGCACCUUGCAACGAGAGAAACCAAGAUACUAGUCUCGAAAGAACCGGGGAAGUGGGAAGAUGGCGAGGAGAACGCGAUUCCUGAAUUCGAUGAGUGCCUGUAUAUUGAUAUCGCAGGCAGUUCAUUCACGAAAUCUCCUACAAUUCACCGGUUGGGUCUUGACGAAGAUGAGAGAGUGUAUAUAAAUGCCAUCUCUGUUGGGUAUUCUGAGGAUGAGCUGUACUUCGGAGUGGAUGCGCAGCGGUACACCUGUCUGGAACUUUGCAGACCAGAGCUACCAGAUGGAUCUUCCUUUCGUUUUGAGAACUUGUCUGCUGGUUGUACUGAGGAGUUCUUUACUAAUGACGACGGCGUCGUGUUUUGCUUUGCUAAUCAAUUUGGUGAUCGUUUGAUUCCUCGGCGAUAG